GACACAGAUAGCGCCAUGGAGAAAAUCAAAGGUUACAUCAACAUGACCGCCUACCCUGCACACGAAGCCGCCUGGCACAUUAUCGAAGCUGGAGCAUCUCGCCAGCCUGAGGCCUUUUACCCCUGGUACACAUUCUAUGCCUGUCUCUUCAGGGAUUGGUUCCCAUACUUGAGGGACCAGACGAUUCAAAACUCCUACACAUAUAAUCCACAAGUUUAUAAGGAACCAGUUACUGGAAGCUGAGUUUAA